ACAGCACAGGCACAGCUUUCACCCCCCAACUCGUUAGCUGACGCCGGUCGCGGUGGAGAAAUACUGACGGCGUCGCAGCCGCCGCUCACCCGCACCCCACGAGGCCGAGGCGGCGUGGUAUGGCUCCUUCGCUUUCCAAACAACCCUAUAAAUAUCUUGCAGAAGGUUCCAGAAGAAGGCCGUUGGAUCAUAGCGUCGUCAGCAAGCCACCUCCACCUCCACCUCCAAAACAAUGGCGACCUCGGGUUCCUCCUCCUCCCCCUCCUCCCCGUCCUCCCCCAAGCGCCAGCGAGUGGCGCCGCCGCCGCCGCGGCGCACGGACAUGCUGAUGGCGCUCCCGCCGGACAUCCUCGACGACCGCAUCCUCGCGCUGCUCCCCUUCGACAAGCUGGUCCGCACCUCCUGUCUCUCCCGCGCGUGGCGCCGCCGCUGGGAGUCGGUCAGAAACCUCGAGAUCGAGCUGCCCCGUGCCUACUCCGGCGGCGGCCGCGCCCUGUGGCGGUGCGCGCGGCCCGUCCGCUUCUUCAGCGCCCGCGUCGCCCGCCGCGACGUCUUCCGCGCCGCCCGCUGGCUCCGCGCCUUGGCGCGGAAGGGCGUCCAGGAUCUAAGUCUGGAGUUCUCGUUAGCCGGUAAGCAGCGCCCCCUUCCCGGACCCGCCCUCUUCUCCUGCGCCGCACUCGUCCAACUCGACCUCGAGCAAUGCGACAUGCCGGCGGCGCCGCCGGGCUUUCUGGGCUUCCCCAACCUUGAGCGCCUCGACCUCGUGUAUGUCACCCUCCCGUUCGCCGGUGCCGGCACGCAGCUCGAACACCUCAUCGUCGCGGCGGAGAAACUCGCCGUGCUAAAUUUGUCACCCGUGAUCACCAUCAACGGCGGCGGCGUGGACACGUGGGCCAUCAGAGCGCCCAAACUCCGGAAGCUCUACAUCACCAUGGAGAUGGGUGACGACAACGGCUGCCGAAUACCAAUGCCGCUCCCCAUGCUGGAGGAGGUGACCAUCUCAUUCGAUCGCCUCUUCGGAACCCAAGACUUCCUCGAUGCUUUCCAGAAUAUUUCUACUGUCAAUAAGCUCUUUUUCAAGAGUGAUAAGUUCAACAUUAAUAUGCUGGAGGGAAUUACAUGCAAGUUUGAGAAUCUGAGGGAGGGCGGCCUGAUCAUAGAUUUUGGCCAGCGCUCAAGUGUUCUAUCGUUAGUUUCUUUACUGAAGUUUGCCCCGCACAUUGAACACCUUUAUAUUAGGACUGAUCAUUCCAUAUUGGACCCCGUGAGUUCUGAAGAUGAGAUGGAUGAAGACUCCCUGAAUUCUGAAGAUGAGUUUGAUGAAGACUCCCUGAAUUCUCAAGAUGAGAUUGAUGAAGACUCCCUGAAUUCUGAGAUAAGCAGCGACUUGCUUGCAAGCCUCAAAUAUGUGACCCUGAUUAAUAUGAAGUACAACUCAAAUCAAAUGUGCUUUAUGAAGCUUUUACUGUCCAAAGCGAGAUCUCUUCAAACAUUUGACGUCACUUUCGUCUACAGUUAUGAAAGCAAUGGACGCUAUGGAAAUGCAUGCAGAGAAUUAACGGAGUGCCAAAAGGCUUCACCCCAAGUUGUGUUGACAGCAAAAGUGACAACACACGGCAUGUAAGACAGACAUCCUGUCCUUGUUGAUGUUGCCUUCGUAUUAUGGGAGAAAUACUUCGGAACUUGCUACUGUUCAGAUUCUAGAUGAGGCUGUUCUUGGGCAACCAGCUGCUUGUUUUCCUUCUUGAGAAGGCAGAGAGUUGUACAUAGAGAAGCUAGUCGAUGGAGUAUCAGGCUUGUUUGUGAAACACUACGAUUACUCGAGAUGUAUACACUGAUAUAGCAUGUGGCGGUAUUAUUGAAUGACAGACUGAUUUAGUAUGAUACUCAAUCAAGGGAGCUGUGGAUAUGCAGGCUAGAAAUUUCUCCCCUUUUACCUUAUCACAUGUUAACCUAGCUCUUAGAGUCUUAUCAAUGGAUAUAUCUGUUGUCAAUGUA